AUGGUCAAAUACGAGAGCUUGGUGCUUGUCGGUACCUUCAUGGUUAUCUCCUCAGUUUCGUUCAUUCUUGGUGUGCUUUUCAGCAAUUGGCCCUAUGAUUACUACACUUUGUGGGACACAACAAAAGGCCAAGAAUUUUUCGAUGCUGCCUUGGAGCACUACAAGGUCUGGGGUCAAAUUCCUCCUAUCAUCAACUACACUUUCCACUUUGUGAUUGCGAUUGCAUUCGUUGGAUCAUUCAUCAAGAUAUUCAAGCCUUCUGAAGAUGUUCAAUACUUCGAAUAUGGAACCUUGGGUGCAUUAGUGAUUGCAGUUUGUGUCUAUGUUAGUAACGUCAAAGUUGGAAUUAUGUCCUGUAUUGCUGGAGAAUGGGGAGAGGUUGACCAGAAUACAGGCUUGGGGGUCAUUGCAGCAUCGGAGACAAUGAUAGUUUUCAUCCUUCUCGGAGUUGUCUUGUUGCAAGGUGGAUUAUUCUAUGCCUUCUUCGAAGAUGCCAGACUAAAACAAGAAUUCUAUUUGAAAAAUUUGAAAGAGAGGUAUGAGGCAACUGCUGAAGAUGCCGCCCCCGUCGAAGCUAAAUCUUCAGGAGCUGAAGCAAAGAAGGCCAAGGCAAAGGCAACCAAGAAGGCUUGA